UUUUCUCUCUCUCUCUUUCUCUCUCCAUAGCUAGCUACUAUAGUACUUCUACUCCAAAACAUCAGUCUCAUACAAAUCCCAUCCUCAACACCAAACAAAGAGAGACUAAAAAAAGCAAAGUUAGUCCCCUCCCUAAAUAGAGAUAAAAGAAAGCCUCAAGCUACUCAAGUGAGAAAAAAAAAAAAAAAACAAAACAAAACAAAGUCCCACCAAAGAGCCCAACAACAAGAACAUUAAACUAAGUCUUAGUUAGAGCUCCUCCUCACUCUUACUAUACCAAAAGGAAAAACAAAAAAAAAAAGGAACAAAAUUGAUACUACUAGUGGUUUUAGUCCUUCUUAUACAUGCGAUCAUGGAAGGAGGCGAUGAUCUCCACCAUCACCACCACCACCAUCACCACCACCAACAACACCACCACCGCCCCAAUUUCCCGUUCCAAUUACUAGAAAAGAAGGAAGAGGCGACAGAGGCCUCGUGUUCGAGCUCCUCCGCCGCGGCGUACCCUUCUCUAGCAAUCUCUGCGGCCGUCGAACCGAAUUCUGGCUCAACGUCCACCACGACGGCGAUGACGAUGACGACGAUGAUGACUAAUACUGCAAGUCCUAAUACAACACCUCUUCAAGUUGUCCCUUAUUCCGGGGAGGCUUCGAAGAAGCCUCCGCCGAAGCGGACUUCCACGAAGGAUCGGCACACGAAGGUGGACGGCCGGGGGCGGCGCAUCCGAAUGCCGGCCCUUUGUGCGGCCCGGGUGUUCCAGCUUACGAGGGAAUUAGGGCACAAGUCCGACGGAGAGACCAUUGAGUGGCUUCUACAGCAGGCGGAGCCCGCCGUCAUCGCUGCCACCGGCACCGGCACCAUCCCCGCCAACUUCACCUCCCUCAACAUCUCCCUCCGGAGCUCCGGCUCCAGCAUGUCCAUCCCUUCCCAGCUCCGAUCGUCCUCGUACUACAACCCUAAUUUCUCAAUUCAACACCAGCAGCACCACCACCACCGACGGAGCAGCCUUUUUCCGGGCAUCGGGCUCUCGCCAUCGUCGUCCGACACGAACAACACCUCGACGCUGCUCAAUUUCCAGUCCCCCAUGCUGCAGGCGAAGCAGGAGUUGCGAGACGCCGCGGCCGUGGCCGCGACGACGUCGUUGGAGCUCUCGGAGGCCGCGGCGGAUGACGGCUUUGGGAGGAAGCGGCGGCAGCCGGAGCAGCAGGACUUGAACAGCUCAAUGGGAGGGUACUUGUUGCAGUCCGCAGGCGCCAGCACCGUUCCCGCCGGCCACCACCACGGGCAGAUUCCGGCGAACUUUUGGAUGGUGGCUAAUUCCAAUAGUCAAGUGAUGAGUGGAGACCCAAUUUGGACAUUUCCUUCGGUUAACAAUAGUGGGUUGUAUAGGGGAACUAUGUCUAGUGGGUUGCAUUUUAUGAAUUUUCCAACGCCCUUUGCUUUAAUGCCAAGUCAGCAAUUAGGGUCUAGCGACGGCGGAGGCGGCGGCGGUGGCAGUGGCGGUGGGAAUAAUUUAGGGGACAGCCACUUAAGCAUGCUGACCGCACUAAACCCAUACCGGCAAGUUUCCGGUGGCGGGGUAUCGGAGUCGCAAGCGAGUGGUUCUCACGGCGGCGACGACCGGCAUGAUAGCAACAGUCAUCACUCAUAGGGGGAGAGGAGAUGAUGAUCAUCAUGAUUUUCCCACAUGUGUAGUAGUUUGAUGUGUAACACACGUGAGGUUUGAUUGCUCUUUUGAAAAAUUUGAGUUUUUUUUUUUUAAUUUAUUUCCAAACAUUUUUUUCAGUGUGAUUCAU